UGAAGUUACACGCAACGCCACCCGGGUCCUUUCCUUUCGUUCGGUACCAAAUUAGCCGAAUAGGGUUGUGCUCGCUGCGCUGCCAAAUACCCAGUCUAUUCCCAGUUCUCGCACUUGAGAGAGAGAGAGAGAGAGAGAGAGCGAGCGGGAGCGAACUUUCUUGCUCGACAGUCUUCAUUCAACUCGAACCUUACCUCGCCGAUUUUCAGAGGAGGUUUUAAUGCGUUAGUCUCCACAGGACCGUACAUAUAUUGAUAUACAUCUCCUGUAUUGCCGGCGAUGGCGCUCCCUAUUGGGAAGUUGACCAUCCUUGUUGGUGCAGGUAUUGUUGGUUCGGUACUUGCAAAAGAAGGACGUAUGUCAACUGUCUCUGAUUUUGUCUCGGGUGCUUUUAAGAUUGUUUUGAAGCAAAUUAAACAAGAUGAUUCUUCUCCGCCAGUUAAUAAGCCACGCAAUGACUCUCUAAUGGCUCAGGUUAACAGCCUGCGGCAGGAGUUGCAAAUGUUGGCAUCAAACAGACCCAUUACAAUUGUAACUGCAAGUCAAAGAGGUGCUACCAGAUAUGGUGUUAUUAUCAUUGUGGUAGUUCUAGGAUAUGGCUAUGUCUGGUGGAAGGGCUGGAAACUGCCUGAUAUGAUGUUUGCAUCAAGGCGUAGUUUAUCUGAUGCUUGCAAUUCCAUAGCUAAACAGCUUGAGAGUGUUUAUUCAUCAAUCUCGGCCACUAAGAGGGGACUAUCCUCAAGAAUGGAUGUCAUGGAUUCUACUUUGGAUGAAUGCGCAGCAAUUACUUCUGAAACACAACAGGAUGUCUCUGAGCUACGAAAAAAAACGGAUUUUGUUGGUGUAGAUGUCAUAAAUAUUCAAGAAGCAGUCCAGACCCUAGAAACCAAGAUCAGUAGAAUAGAAGGGAAGCAGGAUCUUACAAAUGAAGGAGUAAGGAGGUUGUGCGGUUACGCCUGGAGCAUGCAAAAUAGCAGAACCACGGAAAGUAUUCAGGCAUCGCCUUCAAGUUCCUCCAGGCCAGCUCUUGAACCACCAGCCACUCCAAGGGUGGUGUCAUCCAGUUCGUUAAGACCAGCUCUUGAACCACCACCAGUUACACCUUCGUCAAGGUCCGGAUCUUUGCCUCCUGCAUUAUCUCCCGAUCCUCCGUCUCCCUCAGAUUCCAGUGUAUCUAGCCAGGUUAAACGACCCUUGCAGAAUGCUGUCUCAUUGCCUGUUGUUCAGGACAUUGAUGGAAUUACAGAAGUGGUUGAUGCCGCAAGAAGUCAUGAGGUUUCUAAUGGGAUUCAAGCUCCCAAAGGCACAGAUAAUGGCACUUCGAGCUCCAGUCUGUUUGGGCUGAGGCUUCCUGGUAUCAGCGCUUCAUUUCUAACUAGAACGUUCAGUGCAACAAAUGCUGUGCCACAACAAAGACAGUUCAAAUAGUCAAGGAACGGUGAGGAUCAUGUAUUGAUCAUAAAUAAGUAUACAUAAGGUAUAUAAUAGGACUCCGCUCCGGUAUAAAGCUUUUAGAGGUUCAUUGUGGCUGGCCUCCUCAGGUCCUCCGUCAAAUAUAUAGAUUGUGCCCAUGCCGAAUUAAUGGAUAAAGGACUGGGUACUGAAUUUUGUAGAGCUGCCGCUUAUGUAGAAUGCCAUUUAAAACGGGAUUGCUCUCUCUCUUUUUUUUUUUAAAAAAAAAGACAAUUUUAAUAGGAUUAUUCAUGAGAUGUUUAACUAAAUUUAUGUGGCUUUUACUUUUUGGUCUAUAGAAUGGCGGCUGCUGGAAAGAUAGGUUUCCGCGAACAAAGAGAGGCUUCCAAAAUUAAGAAUAAUAAUUAAUGUAAUUUCCAGCUCAACAAUAAUGAUCUAUUACUACUAUUGGUCUCAAGUUUGAUGUGAAUGCUAGGUAAAUGUAAUGCAGUAAGGGGGUGUUUAAUUGGGCAAGUUUUA